AUGAGCAACACCAUCGUGGACCUCCAGUCUGCCCCAAUCCCGGCGUCGGCUGUCCCCACCAACAACGUCUCGGCCUCGGAAAAGCACGACGAGAAGGACUAUGUCUUCAAUGGCGAGUCGGACGUCGUGCUCGGUCACCGCAGCUCGGACGAGUACCAGAGCGAUGAGCUCGAGCCGACUGACGAGGAGUUUGCUACUCUGCGCAAAGUCCCCGCUCCCAUGAAGUGGGCCGCCGUGGCGAUGUGCUUCAUUGAGCUGGCCGAGCGUGCUUCUUACUAUGGUUGCACCAAGAUCUGGAACAACUACAUGAAGAACCCUCUUCCCGUCGGCGGUAACGGCGCCGGUGCCGUCGCUGCAGGUGCCGCCGGUCUCAACCAGGUUACCGGUGGUCUCGCCAUGGGCUCAGUCAGCGCCAGUGCCGUCACCAGUGCUUUCAACUUCUUGACCUACACCAUCCCUAUCAUCGGUGGUAUUCUUGCCGACACAAGAUGGGGUCGUUUCAAGACUAUCUUGAUCGGUACCAUUAUCGGCUUCGUCGCCCACGUCCUCCUCUGCGGUGCCGUCGUCCCCAGCGUCAUCAGCUCCGGUAACGGCUUCCCCCCAUUCAUGAUCUCCCUCCUCAUCCUCGCCUUUGCUGCUGGUCUCAUCAAGCCCUCGCUCGGUCCCCUGCUGUGUGACCAGUCUCCGGUCAAGCGCCCCAUCAUCCAGAUCACCAAGUCGGGCGAGCGCGUCAUUCUCGACCCCCAGGCGACAGUCUCGAGGUAUCUCAACGUGUUCUACAUGUGCAUCAACAUUGGAGCUUUCAUGGCUCUUGGUACCGCCUACGCUGCCCGUCUCGUCGGCUUCUGGCUCGCUUUCCUCGUCCCCGGUAUCGUCUACCUCCUCAUGCCCAUCCUCAUGUUCUUCUGCUACAAGCACCUUUACAAGGCGCCCCCACAGGGAUCCGUCACCCUCGAGGCCAUCAAGGUCAUCAAGACCGUCAUCGGCAAGGGUGGACUCCGCGCGGCGUUCAAGGGUGGAGACAGCUUCUGGAACCUCGCCAAGCCCUCCUUCAUCCAGGAGACCGAGGGUACCGUCGACCGCUCCAAGGUGUUCUGGGACGACACUUUCGUCGAUGAGAUCAGGCAGUCCAUCUCAGCUUGCGGUGUCUUCCUCCUCAUCCCCAUCUUCAACUUGUCCAACGGUGGUAUCGGUAUUAGUGAGACCGCCAUGUCCAACGCCAUGGUCUUGAACGGUAUCCCUUCCGAGAUCUACUCCAAUGCCAACCCCCUCACCAUCAUCAUCGCCUCCCCCAUCUUCAUCUUCGGUAUCUACCCCCUUUGCAACAAGCUCGGCUUCACCCCCCGCCCCACCCUCAAGCUCAUGGCCGGUUUCCUCCUCGUCUGCUCCAACAUGGUCAUCGCCGCCAUCGUGCAGUGGAAGAUCUACCAGUCGAGCCCGUGUGGAUACUACGCCUCGAGCUGCAAGGCCGGUGUCUCCAACGUCAACCUCGCAUGGCAGCUCCCCCUUUACAUCCUCCCCGCUCUCGGUGAGAUCUUGGUCAACGUCACCAGUUACGAGCUCGCCUACACCCGUGCUCCCGCCAGGAUGAAGGGUCUCGUCUACGCCAUCUGCCUCUUCUCCCAGGCCAUCUCGUACGCUAUCCAGCUCGCCAUGUCCAAGGUCGUCGACGACCCCUGGCUCAUCUGGCCUUACGUCGCCCUCGCCUGCGCCUCCUUCAUCACCGCCUUCAUCUUCCCCACCUACUUCCGUCACCUCGAUACCCCCAUGCGCGGCUUUGCCGACCCGGACCGUCAGUUCGGUAAGCAGCAGCCCGACUACGUCAAGAACGCGGCGGAGAUCGAGGAGGGUGAGAAGGUCAAGAAGUAG